AUGGAAUGGAACACUGCAAAGCGGCAAGUUCUAUGUUGCUUGUUCCGAUUCUUUUCCGAUAAACAUGCCUUUCCUGCUAUCUUCUCGGAGAUAUUUCGAGAUCAGCUCGAGCAACGAGGCAUCUCUGGAAAUGUCACUUUCCCAGUACUUCACACUCAAUGGUAUUGGAUGCGACAAAAUGGCAAUUCUGUCUGGUAUCAUGUCCAUAUGGACACCCAAUUUCAACCAGAUGGUGAAUGGGAGCCAAUUAUCAGAACCAUUAAGCAAGCUGCGGAUAGAUUGGGCAUUUCUCUUUCCCAGAAAGCGCAAGACGAAACGGACACCUCAAAGUUCGGGGGCCUGGAUCGUGAGACGGGAAUGAAAGAGUACCUGGAAUCAAUCAUGCUUGUGAAAAGGAGAGGUGAAAUACCACCCUUACCUCUCGGCUCAAGUUUGAAAAUGGAGAGCCCCGAGCCGCUGUCCGAUUUCCCAACACGUGCCCCAGAGCCACACACAGAGCAAGAAUUGGACCUUGACGAGAUGCGUUGCGAUGAGCCAAAUUCAGACCCUGCACCCGAAAAUUUCAUAGCCCUCGUUAAUGGCAAUGGCAAGAUAUGUUUUUGGUGCUGGGAGGAAGGAAAGAGCUGUUCACAAUCUUAUCCAGACUUGCUAAACAAUCCAACUUCGACUAUGCAGGAAGAUCCGGGGUACAUCAAUACUCUUAUCGACCUGGAUUCUUCAACAAUUGAUAACAACGUGUCACAACCUAGCCCCUCGAGAGUGGAUGCACCAGGGCCUAUCAAUAAAAACAAAGGCCUCCCUGGACAAUGCUCACCACGUGAAUUGCCGCCUCUAUUGUUUCGAUGGUCAAAUACUCGCUCCCAGGGAACAAAUUCAAAUAGCAUGUUUCGUGCAGGGAUGUUCUCAUUAGGCAACACUACACCCUUCGAUCCUGCCGCAAUUCCCGAAAAUAAGUUCUUGAAACUGUUCAUCAACCAUGUGACUAAAUCGAAAGUCCUUUCACCUUUUAUUUCAACAUGUCGACUUCCUUUGACACCGAUUCACAGAGCCUUUCGACAUAGGAAAAGAGCAACGGUGACGAUCAUUGAUCCCUCAAAGAUAAACAACGUGAUUGUGAAAGCGUCCACUCUUGUUCCCCUCACAGCCACAAAAACACCCCGAUGGGAGGGGCUAGGGGAGUAUCUCGUCUGGAAAGAAAUCCCCAAAUCUGCCAUGAUAUGUAGAUUCAAAAUAUCUCGUCUUCAAAAGAUUGCGAGGGAGUUCCCAGAUAUUGCCGCCUUCCUCCAGUUGGACCUGAUCAGAAGCAGCAAGUUUGUUGAGAGACAAUUGUAUGUUAAGCUUGCCCAAAACGUCAAAGCUAUUUCCAAUCCCGGAAGAACCCUUGAAAGACUUAUGUCACUUCUCAACGUGCCAGCACAAUACCAGCAAAUUGUGGCAGAAAUAUUUGAGUCGGCCUGGACAGCAGAACCUUUCAACAGAUUCGAUGACGAUUUCCCUGAAGACAGAGAGAAUGAAGAGCGUGAUCGAUUCUACAAAGGGGAACCGGAAUUUGAUCCUGACUAUCACUCUCCAGAGACGGAGAGCGCAAGCGAUGAUGAUGAUGAUGAUGAUGCCCAAUCAGAAAGCCGGCAUGAUACGGAUAGCGAGCCUGAAGUUCGCUGCCCUCGGUUUGACACACCAAGCGAAGCAUGGUCUACUUGUGAUAGCUUGGACGACGAUGCCGAUCAGUUGGGAUUGAUGCCUGGACAGGAUAUUGUGGGAGAUUUUGAAUUAUUUACUCCAUCGGCUAAGGACCCGCAUAUCCCUGUUUCAAGAAUCACUACGCCGAUUCCACUUGUUUUCUACAGGCCCGAUCCGGUGACGAACUGGGAAACGGAUGGGGGAGCCAGUUGGCCUCCUUCCGAGCACUACGCAUAG